AUGGCUUCCCAGGAGAGGGUGGAGACAGUGACCAAAGGAACUGGGUUCUGGCGCUGCCCCAAGCCGGCCACUUACACCCCAGGGACCUGCGAGCUGCUCAGAGCGAUGUUGAAGGAAUCCAAACUGACAAACUUCCAACAGCGCCACAUCGUGGACACCAUGAAACGAGGAGACACUCUCCCACUACAGUGCAGCCCAACUUCCAGCCAGAGGGUCUUGCCUUCCAAGCCGCCGGCCUCAGCCAUCUGCUUGCCUCCCAUCCUGGCCUCCCGGUCCCACCUCCGGACUGCCAGCAUGUGCCAAGCCAACGGGACCUACAGCCGGGAGCAGUCGAAGCCUCAAGCCACCCGAGAUCUGGAGAAGGAGAAGCGAAGACUCCAAAAUAUUUUUGCCACCGGGAAGGAGCCAGAGGAACGGAAAAGAAAGCCCCCUCCUGUGCGACAGGAGGACCCAGCCCCUGAGCUGGACCGGUGUGAAGAACUGGUGAAGGAAAUCCAGGAGAGGAAAGAAUUCCUGGCUGACAUGGAGGCCCUAGGGCAGGGCAGACAGUACCGAGGGAUCAUCCUUACUGAAAUCUCCCAGAAGCUACAGGAAAUGGAAGACCUUGACCACAAGAGUGAGGAACUUAGGAAGGCUUUUGCCACCACUUAA